CGUCACUUUGAGUGCUGGGUUUGAAAUAAUAAUUGAUGUUUUUUCCUAAUGCAAAAUUUUGCCUAUUUUCCAUGCUCGCAUAGUGAAAUUGUUUGAUAACGCCGAAUCAAUGUGUUAUGUACACUUGACUAAAUCGUGUUGACCAUACUGAAAGUUAAUUUGAAUUCAUGAUAACUAGCAAAAUUGGUUUAAAUAUACAUUGGAUGGAAGAAAGUCGGAAGAAAAGUAAGGUUGCAUUUAGCUAAAAGGUCCCUCAUCUACAAAACCAACAACACCGCCUUGAAAGAGCAAUUGAGAGUGAGAAGAGAUGAAACGAUAAAUGUAUUAGUGAGGUGAAUAAAAUGAUAAAUGGGAAUGUCGAGGAGGUGUUUGUGGUGAAGUUAUCAUCGAUGUUUAUGUAGAAACGAAAAGUGAAUAAUAUAGUUUUUUCUGCUGCUGAAUAUAAAUAAAUAUAUGUGUGUUGGUGAGAGAAAUGGACUGUUCAUUAUAUUUUCCAUUGAUUUAAUGAAUGAAUAGUGAAUUUAUCGUUGGUUGCUGUUUCUGAAGGUGCAAAAUGAAGAAAAUGAUUUAACGAAGGGUGGUGACAGUUUGUUCCCCCCGGCGGCAGUCAUUUCGAUUGCCCAGUGAACGUCAAAGAAGUGAAAAGCUUACAAAGAAGCGUAAAUGUAUGUAAUAGAAUUGCAUUUGCUUUAGGAGAAGUAUGGGGAAGCAGUGAGGCAAACCUAGUGAUAAUUGAAAAUGAUUUCUUGUCUGAAUUAUUUAAUAAUUCUUUCAAUGUAGCUUUGAUGCAAAGCAAGCCGGUUACAAAAUAAAUUCAAUGAAUUGCAAUUUAUAUUUAAAACAACUGAACCAUGUGAAAGCUCUUCAGUAUACUGUUUUAUAAAAUUUUUGCCUGCGAAGUCGGGAUAGUCGUUCACACCUCACGAGACCGAAAAAAGCCAUAUUUAAUACAAGAGUUAAUCUUCGGUAAAUAGCUUAAAAUGGUCGUAUUGACCCAAGGGCUGGGGCCCUUCGUCUCCCGCCGUGAAUCGUUUGAAGAUAGCAGCAUUGACAUUACUUCAGUAAAUUGCGACAAAAACAAUUGCUCAACGACAAACUACACUGGAAAAAAGAUUCUACUGCUAUCAAAGGCCGUACUCAACUGUUCUCUGGUACGGUUUGAUUUUUCUUCGUCAUUGUUUUUCAACUUUAGCGAAGAAAAACUAUCGUCAUUCGAGGGCCCGCCAGUAGCGGAGGCCCUUUUUGCUCUUUCUGCAUGGAUUCAAUGAAACGUAGCGAGGCGAGCACCGGCCACCACCAAAACAAGGUGGUUUUAACGAACCAAGCAACAGAGAGCAAUAACAAAGUAAACCUUAGCGGUAGUAAUUUAAACAAUAAUACGGUAAGUAACAAGCAGCAACACCAAUCGGCUCUAUUGAAUCCAAAUCAAACAUCAGGAGCACAAGUAUCGACGCCGUCGAACACAUCAAAUUCUUCGAUAUCGGUAACUAGUGAUACUAACAAAGACUCCAACUUUGAGUAUGACGAUAACGAAUGGGAUGUUGGUAUUGGCGACCUCAUCAUCGACCUAGAUGCAGAUAUUGAAAAAUCAUCCGUCAGUGAUUUAACAAGUGCAUUAGGUGAUUGUAGCACUACGCCAACCGCGUCAUCUCAAUCCGGGUCCACGUUACCAAUUGGUCCCUUUUUGAAUACGCAAAACAGUGACUGCAGUGAGACAGACUUGAGAAGAACACAGUGUGUUAAUCCUUCUACCGUGUUACAGAAGGAUAGUAGUCUAAAAUUGGAUAGCUCAACAAAGGGUGUAUCCACUUGCAUAAGUGUGAAAAGAGUUGUUUUGGAAAGCACGCCUACAAAAGAAGGAACCACGUCUUCUACACCAUCAAAACAUCACUCCUCCUCUUCCUCUUCCUCCUCCUCAUCAUUUACUUCCGGACAUCACCAUCACCAUCACCACCACCAUCAUAAGUCGAAUAGUGGCACGGAUUCGGGCAUCCGCACUGCUAGUAAUCCGUCGAAGCAUUCGGUGCUACUUAGCCAAUUAAACAGCAGUAAACACACGAAUCCGUCAUUUCUUUUAUCAUCCGAGAUUUCGGGACUAAAACAUCAUCACAACUCCUGUAGUGUCAGUAAUAGCGUCGAUAACUGCACUAGUACGGGGCUCGAUCUGGACACGCUAAAGAGCAGUCGAAGUAGCAGUUCAAGCACAAUGUCAUCCACGACAAGUAGUUCAGGUGGUAAGUCAGCCACCAAACUUUCUGUUGAUCAUCAAGCUACAUUAGACAAAGGAUUGAAAAUGAAAAUAAAACGUACUAAACCUGGAACCAAGACGUCCGAGGCAAAACAUGAAAUAGUUAAAGCCGAGCAGAACGGUACCAGUUCACUAUCUUCAUCAAAUGCUGAUGAAAAUAAUAGUAAUAGUAACAGCAGUUCUAACUCUAGUAACAAGAAGCAUUCGUCACAAUCGCAGUCCCAAACGCAACAACAGGUAGCUGGUAGUCCCAAUAUAUCACAGCAGCAACAACAGCAGGGAGCUAAACGGGGUAGUAGCGGGCAUCGACGAGACAAAACGAAAGAUAAAGCUACACACCAUACUCAGCGCGAUAAGAAUGAACACAACAGCAGUAGUAGUAGUAGCGGUAGUUGCAGUAGUACUUCAUCAAGUGGUGAACGGGGUUGUAACUGCACACAUGAAAUGCAAGUGAAUGGUAUUCAGCAACCCUGUUCCAGUAUAUCUUGCAUACGAAGUAGAACCUCAGAUCAAUCAAUGGGACCGUUAUCGCAGCGGAUAUCAAAUCAAAAUAAUUCGAGUACAAGUUCUUCAAAUAGUUUAUUCUCUUCGAAUUCCAUUACGGGUUCAUCGUUAAGUAGUAGUAGUAGUAGUAAUACUCCGAAUGCACCGGGCCCACCGUCCUCCAAGGACAGCAGCAAGAGUAAACCAGUAGUACCAAUCACAAUUCAUUCAUCGUCACAGAUCUCUUCCGCGGCGGCGGCAAACAGUUCGCAAUUAUCAAACCUCCAGCACUCUACCUCAUCUAGUGGUAGCAGUUGUGUUGGAAGCGGAAAUAGCAGCUCUGGUUCCAGCAGUAACACAAGCUCAAGCUCUAGCAGUGGGAGCAGUAGUUCUGGAAAUAAUGCACUUAAAUCGCAGUUACAAUCGACAGUACCACCAACAAGUUUGUUGAACGCACUAUCUUCAGGUUCAUCUGUCACAGCUAGUCCCAACGUUGCAUUGACUUCCGGAAGUUUAAGCUCUCAUGCAUCAAGUAACGCAUUAUCGAUGGUUGGGGAGACAGGCGCAGCACUUGUGAAAGAGGAGAAAAUUAGUACUAGUCCACCGCCAGCCAAGCGCCACAAAUGUGAACCGAAAGAUAUGGUGGAUGUAUGUGUAGGGACAUCAGUCGGUACAAUUACUGAACCAGACUGCCUUGGACCAUGUGAGCCUGGUACGUCUGUAACAUUAGAAGGUAUCGUAUGGCAUGAAACUGAAGGCGGAGUGUUAGUGGUUAAUGUAACCUGGCGGGGUAAAACCUACGUCGGAACUUUAAUAGACUGUACAAAACAUGACUGGGCACCACCACGAUUUUGUGAUUCUCCGACCGAAGAAUUUGAUUCGCGGACACCAAAAGGAAGAGGAAAGCGAGGACGAAACUCGACGUUGUUUCCCAUCAACGAUCUUAGCAAUUUCACGGAAACCCGGAGCUCAAUGCAUAGCAAGCUGCGGAACGGAGGAGCGAAAGGUCGUGGUUGUCGUGGAAUCACUACAACCGCUGAAAGUAAUUCUUCAAAGACGACAGCGACAUCAACUACUACCACAGCAAGUUCCUCCAGUGGCACGACCACAAGCGCUAGCUCUGAUACUCCUUCAACGUCUCCUGUCGCUUUUUUGCCGCCACGACCGGAGAAACGAAAAUCGAAAGACGAAUCGCCAUCACCGGUGAAUGGUGGUGGCGGAAGCGCAAGUAGUUCGAGCGGCACUGUGAUAACCUCUAACAGUGUAAGUAAUGCAAACGCCAGUGGCAUUGUAAAUAAUGGUAUCCCAAGCACACAAAGUGUGGUUAAUCCUAUGACUGGGCUUAACGUUCAAAUUUCCACAAAAAAAUGCAAGAAUACAGCGUCACCGUGCGCAGUUUCGCCAGUUCUGUUGGAGUGCCCUGAACAAGACUGUAGUAAAAAAUAUAAACAUGCUAAUGGACUGAGAUAUCACCAAAGUCAUGCACAUGGUAGUGUUUCGUCAAUGGACGAAGAUUCAUCGCAUACUCCUGAAUCGCCACAACGAGUAGCACCUCCAACGACGCCAUCACCCGUACCCACUACUACUGUGCAGUCAUCAAGUCUUCCAACAGUGUCAGUAUCAAACACGACACUGUUGCCAGUGACCAGUAUAGCACCUGCAGUCACAACUCCUGUUUCUAGUAGUGCACCUCAGUCUUUCGUUUGCGCUGCUGUUACGUCUAGUGUUAGCCAAAGCACAACAACGGCGACGAGUUCUACAGUAACUGAUGAGACACGAUCGAUUAACCCUCCUAGUAAAUCACCAUCUCCCAGUUUACUAGUAACAGCAAAUGUUGCAAAUACUGCGCAGUUGCCAACGCCCCACUCUCUUCUAAUCAGUACGACACAAUCGUUAGCAACUACAUCUCAAAUUGGCUCCCAGUCGACAGUUACCUCGCCAGCUACAGCAGGUGGUAGCAUUACAACUGGUGUUGCUUGUCCAAGUCAACCACAUGCAAGUGUUGGCAGUAAUACAACUUUACUGAGUACAGUUCUUGCAAACAAUCCCAACACACUCUUGUCGCAAGCCCCGCCCAGUCAAGUUCCAAGUUUGCCGCCAUCUCAGCAACACCUUUCCGCAGGAUCAAUUUCACAAGGGAAUAGUAACAUUUUACCUGCCACUUCGACAAGGUGUGAUCCGAAUCUGAAAGGUAGUAAAUCAGGAGUACUGCGUUUCGGGCCACUUCCUAGUGAAGGCGAUCAAAAUGCGCGGCUAACACCAGUUACACAGACACCUUCCAACCUUACGGGAACUCCAGGAUCUCUCCAAGCAGGAGCACAACAAAGUACUCCUGUUCGGCCAUCAGCUGUUUCAAUGACUGGAGGUCUCUUAGCACUACAGCCGUCAACACCCGGAACGCCGGAAGGUCUAAGCAUAAAGUCACAAAAUUGUUCUAAGCAAAAGAAAAAUCGAAAAUCACCUGGUCCCUCGGAUUUUGACAUCGCUGCCGCUAAUCGUGCUGAGGAUGUCCAAAGUCCCGCUUAUAGCGACAUUAGUGAUGAUUCCGCUCCGGUUGUGGACGCUAGUGACUUAGACAAAACGACAAAAGGUUCGCAGCUAGUAGAUGUAAGUAAAAAGCCAAACGAAGGCAUUCCAGGGCAAUUAGCGCCUCUUUCUGGGUAUGGAAUGUAUCCCUACUAUCCAGGCAUGCCACAUCAACCACCAUACUAUGCGCCAGAUCAUACGGGGAAACCUCCAGGUCUGGGACAUUCUCCUCUUGGUUCUAAUGCUAACGUAGACUAUAAGAACAAAGAGCCGCCACUUGAUCUUAUGAACAAGCCAAAUCAGCACCAGCAACAGCAGCCGCCACCAUCCCAACAAGGACAGCCUCCUCAUAACCAGCAGCUGCUAACGGGAGAUAUAGGCAGUCAAGCGAACAAAGAAGCCACGGGUGUUCCUCUCACACAUCCAGGUGCAGGGAAAAUGAUGCAGCAUUUCUAUCCUUACGGUUAUAUGCCCACUGGAUUCAGCUAUAACAUAGAUCCGAACUAUGGUCCUGUGUCCAUGAUAUCUGAAGAUAGUAAACUAGGUCAACAGCCACCUCCUUCUGGUCAAAUUAAAGAAGAAAGAAUCAAAGAAAGUCCUAGUCCUAACGAUUAUGCAAAAAUGGGAUCACAGAUGGUAUCCGCCAAACUUAUAAAAUCAGAACCAACUGUAGUUAAGGAUAUCAAGACUGAAGGUGCGCAUUCGAUACAUUCUAAAGAGCAGCCUCCGCCUGGACAACCACCGGGGCAGUCAUCGAUAAGUGCCUAUGGUGGAAUGUUUCAAAGGCAUGGUUUGAAUAUGGGUCCAUCGUCCCAACAACCGCAGCAUAUGAAUCGGGAGGAUGAUUUGAGACGUUUGUUCAAUUACUCUGAUCAGCGAAGAUCGAAUACGUCAGGAAAUUCGUCAAUAUCAAAUAUUAACCCAAAGGAUGAACCGUCAUCUCCAUCACAAUCACAAACCGGUCAUCAGAUUCCGGGAUCUGCACAUUGUCAGACUACAUCACAAUCUUCAACCAACACUUCCCAUCAACAGCAAAAAAGUUCAAAAAAUGCACUAUCCUCACAGCAACAAAUGAAGCAGCAGAAAGAUAUCAAAACUGAGGAUAAAGAAUUGUUAAAAGUCAAACAAGAAGGCCAGAAACCCACUAUGGAGACCCAGGGCCCCCCACCUCCACCGACCUCUCAGUACUAUCCACAUUCACUUUAUAUGAGCGCCGCUCCCUUCGGAUUUGAUCCCAAUCAUCAGAUGUACAGGAAUAUGUUAGUACCGACGGCAUCGUACAGUGCGCCUCCAUAUCAUUUGCAAAUACCACGAUAUACGACUCCUGAGGACUUGUCACGAAAUCCUAGUACAAAGGCACUAGAUUUACUACAACACCACGCCAGUCAAUAUUAUAACUCGCAUAAGAUUCAUGAGCUUAGAGAGGGCGCGCUGAAAAGUCCAACCAGCAACGUUAAAGUAAGCGUAUCUAGUCCCAAUCAUUCUCAGCAAUCCAGUCAAAACCCUAACAUGUGCAUUCCUCCAUCAAAUAGUAGCAUCAAUAGCUCAGGAUUAUCGUUACAGCAACAGCAGCAAGCUCCGCCAUCCGCACAUCCACAGCAACAUACGCAGCAACAGCCACCAGGAAGUUCUAUGCCAUCCUCACAAGCACUAGCUAGCGGUCCAAAUGCAUGUACUGUGCCUAGUGGCGGAGGAAAUGGAGGACCUGAUUUGACAAAGGAACCAGGUGGUCCCGGAGGUUUGGUUCAAUGUCCAACACCUUCAGGUGCCCCUGCACAGCAACCGGGUCAGUCUGCAAGCGGCGCACGAAGCCCACCUCCUCAACGACAUGUGCACACGCACCAUCAUACACAUGUCGGUCUAGGCUACCCGAUGUUCCAGGCACCAUAUGGAGCAGCUGUACUAGCGAGUCAACAGGCCGCAGCAGCCGUCACUGUGAUUAGUCCGUUCCAGACAGGACCUCCAACUAAGUGAAGAGGAAUAAAUACACAAGCAGGCAGUAGAAAUGCAAUUGUCGCGAAUCAAGCAGAGCUGUUCCCUUUAUUAGGACGACAAAUCGGACGUCGUAGAAUAUAGCAUACAGCAGAUGCACAUGACAAUUGUAGUCGAGCGGAAGCGAACGUGUGAUAGAAUAGUUUUUACAAUCCUACAAGUUAUGCGGUAAAAUUGGGCUUUUCACACCAGUGGGUUGAAUACGUCUUAUGUCUAGACUGCAGAAAUUGCUGACGGAAGUUUGGCUUCACAGUUCUCCGGCGUUCGACAGUAUGAAUAUGGAACUGAGUAAAAUGUAUUUUUUUACUUGUGUACUAUGGAUGAGGUUUUAACCGGAAAUAAAACAUCGUAUUACAUAGAACUCAAAUAAGAGCUAUAGCUUUAGUAUUGUUAGUAUAAGUGUAGAGAUAGUUUAGAGGCAAAGUAUCUAUUUUUGUACAAAAAUUAAAAAUAAGCAAAAACAUUACAAAUUUUACUAGUAACGCGACUUUAUGAUAAAAACUAGACAAUUUUGAUCAUUAGUUGUGUACUGAUAAACAGCAUGUAAAUAAAUCUUUGUCGUUUGGAUACCAAUAUCUUGGAAAAAAUGAUUCUACUGAUACAUACAUUUAUUCUCGAUUUAAUCUCGUUCCAAAUUUUUCAAGUGAGAACGUCAAUCAAAAUCCGUUCGUUUGGAAGCACAGAUGUAAAUGUCAAAAUCCGUCAGCAUAUGUAUAAAUAUAGUUACUUUAACAAACAAACAUUUUGGUCUGCUUCUUCUUGGAUGUUCCAUAUGAAACUGCAUUCUUUUUUAAAGUGUUGCGCCUAAAUGAAUUUAAUGCAGUUUUUCUAUGGCUUAUACUUCGCGGAAUCUCGGGCCAUAUUUCGUCAGUCUAUAAAAAUCGUGAAAAGUCUGAUUAUCAGUGGGUAAGUUUACUAAACCAACUAGUUUGAUUUAGCAUGAGAAUAUUCAAGGUCACCGCAUGACUGAUAAUUUCUAAACAAAAGGUAGAAGUAUUACUGCGAACUAAGCUUUCCUGUAAAUGAGUAAUGUUGAUUGAAAUGUACAUGCAGCUGCAGAAGGAGAGUAGGAGCCUUUUUAAACAUGUUUGUAUGCAUAUACACAAGGGAUUGUGCUCUUUUGGAAUGGAAUCCCAAUUGGUAUCUUCCAAUUUCGUUGGAAAUGUAAAUUACGCAAAUUGCGCUCGAAAAUUAAAUAAAAAUACCAGUAGCAAAUUGGGAAAGCAUCAUAAUAAAAAUAUUGUACGAUUUAACGUAAAAAUCCUUAUGAACCACCAAAUAAGGAAGUUAUUUUGAAAACGAAUUGUAAACAAAGCUUUAGGUGUGCAAAAUCUAACAUAGUGAGAUAAUAAAUAUUAUAUCGAACAUGGAAGCUCGUUAAUAAAGAGUACUCCAAAUCCUGCCGACGUGCAAGGUAGUAGUACAUCAUGUCAACAUGCUUAGAUGAAACUGGACUUGGUGUUGGUUCAUUUCUUGCCAUGCUGACAAACAGUUACUAUCGAGACUUGACAGAAAUGAAUAACAUCAGAGAUUAGCUACAGUAAAUUACAUGUAAAAUUAAAUUAAAACAACAAAAUAUUACAUUUAUAGCUAUUAUGUAUAGAAAUACAUUCCUUGUAUCAAAGCAUGGUAAAAUAA